UCCUUUGUUUUGUCAGAAGCGCAGAAAAAACCAGGAAGAUGGGACCGAAAUCCUCAAAAUGGAUAGAGUUGUUGCUCAUUUGUUUCUUUUAUUCACAUGUAAGCUGUAGCUCUGUGGAGCAGAAGAUCUAUGUGGUAGUGAACAAGACGACUCCUUGUGUUCGGCUUCUCAAUGCCACCCAUCAGAUCGGAUGUCAGUCAUCCAUAUCAGGAGACACAGGGGUUCUCCAUGUGCUGGAGACGCCGGACGAUCUGGACUGGAUCACCGAAACGGGACCUCACGCUCCAUACAUGGUGCUCAUGGAGACGCCUGCCUUCACCAGAUCCACGAUGAUGAGGCUGAAGAACUCCACCCGGGUUGCAGGAGUGGCGGUCAUUCACACAAGCACACCUCCAGAUAAGGGGUUCUCUCCUCACACGUCGUGCCCCAACCAGAACACAGGAGUGUACACUCAGAGCUACGGCCCAGAACUGGCCAACUGCAGCACUACAGUGUGGAACCCUCUGGGUAACGGCUUGUCCUAUGAAGACUUCCCUUUCCCUAUUUUCUCUCUCAAAGAUGACAAUGAAACGCAAGUCAUUCGCAAGUGUUACGAGGAUCACAACAUGCGUGUGAAUGGCAGUGCUCCUGAAUAUCCACUGUGUGCCAUGCAGCUCUUCUCUCACAUGCACGCAGUCACAGACACAGUGACCUGCAUGCGACGCACGGACCUGCAGAACAGCUUCAGCAUCAACCCAGAGCAGCUGUGCGAUCCCCUAAUGGACUACAACGUGUGGGCGACCAUACGACCUAUUAACGCCACCGCCAAGGGACACAAGGCGAAUGAGAGCAUGGUCAUUGCAGCAACCAGAUUGGACGGCCGAUCCUUUUUCUAUGACCUCGCUCCAUCCGCAGAGGGAACAGUCUCGGGCAUCGUGACGCUGUUGGCCGCCGCCGAGGCCCUCCGCUCUGUCACUCAAGUGGCGCCGCCCCCACGCAAUAUUUUCUUUGCCUUUUUCCAGGGGGAAACAUUUGAUUACAUCGGUAGCUCCCGGAUGGUGUACGAUAUGCAGAACAAUAAAUCAGUGAUUGAUUUUGACAACGUGCACUCGUUUCUGGAGAUCGGGCAGGUGGGGCUGUGGAAUAAACAGAGCCUAUGGAUGCAUUCGGAUCCCGUAUCUCGGAGGAACGACACAGUGAAUGAGGAGGUUUCAUCUCUGGUGGCCAAUAUCAAGUCUGCAGCCUCCAUGUUGAAUCUCUCAUUGGACGAACCAAAUGCCACUCAGGCCUUACCUCCCUCCUCCUUUCAGCGCUUCCUGAGAGCUCGGCCAAUCCCGGGAGUUGUGCUGGCAGACCAUCAAUCCUCGUUUGUCAACAGGUAUUAUGAGAGUCUGUAUGACACGUCAGAGUACCUGAACGUCAGCUAUCCUCCCAACCUGAGCCCAGAGGAGCAGCUAGAGUAUGAGACAGAGGCUGCCAAGUCCCUGACUGAAGUGGCUACUCUGGUAGCUCGCUCACUGUAUAAACAGGCUGGAGGGGAAGACGGCAUGCUCAAAAACAUCACUGCUGAUACAAAGACUAUGGCCAAGUUGCUGUAUGGCUUUCUGGUUAAGUCCAAUAACAGCUGGUUCCGUUCCCUGCUGCCCCGUGACUUGGUGUCAAGGGAGCGCAAUCCCAUAUUAGAGUCAGGCCCUCCUCAGUACUACGUCAGCCUGUCGCAAAGCCAACCAAAAAGUGUGACCACCUUUGUGAAGUACAUUCUGGCCAACAUGACUGGCACUGCCACCCGCCUGAACCAGAGUCAGUGCCAGAAUCCGAAAGACAUUUCCGGCGAGAGCAAAGAUCUGUACUCAUACGAUUGGGUGUCUGGCCCUGCGUCAGAGAACCACACAACAGGGGAACCUUUUUGUGUGCGCGCACCUGUGCGCCUGGCAAAAGCAGAGUCCCCCGCCUUCGAGCUGCGGCAGUAUGGUUCCAGGGAGUACUCCACAUGGACAGAGUCACGCUGGAAGAACAUCGGAGCUCGUAUCUUUCUAGUCGCAAGUCCACAAUUACAGAUGCUGACUCUAGGGGUGGGCAUAGCUGUUUUGCUGGUGUCUCUAGUGGUGACGUACUUCAUCAGCUCAAAGGCAGACAUUUUGUUCAGUUCUACCCAUGAUGCCCCAAGCACCACCUAUUGAACACAUUUAUACUCAGCUCUCAGAAGAUCUCACACUCAUACAUUCAUACAGACUUUAUUACCACUAUCCAGUCUCCAGCAUUAAUUUAUAACUCAGUACCACUGUUCAGUCUCUGGCAUUACAACGUCAUACGCAGACGUCUAAGCAUCAACCUGUCAUUGUGCAAAGGACUUUCUUACAGGAAUGUUUACUCAUAUGCAGACCUGGGUUCCUGAAAUAACAUUAAUCCAAGCUGGUAGAGGAAAUACACGAUAAUAUUUAAAGACCUUAACUAGACCUGGUCUCACUGGACUAAACUCAACGUUUUAAGGCCAGGUUUACAGGCUGUACAGAAAAUGUGGGUAGGAGGAAGAUGUGCAUAAUUUCCAUUGUUCCUUUUUUUUUUUAAACUGCAGAAUUUUCAUUUGUGCUUACUGUACUCUGGGACUAAUCUGAAGAUUUUUUUUUAUGUAUAAAUAGUGCUUAUGGAAUUUGUGUGUAUAUGAAUAUUAAAGAAGUGGUUUGUAAUUUUUAAAGCCCUCUGCUGUCUGUAAGGUAAAUAAUUUGCAAUUAAAAAACGAUUAGCCCUGUGCCCAAAUGACCUCACUCAUAUGUUGAAGCUACUGUUGUAUGACCUGCAAGUUGCCUUUUUAAGGAAAAUUUUCAGAAGGUUUGCUUCAAAUAGUGAAAGAGCUCAUUUCUGGGCCAGAAAUCGGAAAGGAACAGACUAAUCAGAUCUAUUACAUCAUUACAAUAUUGUGAAUCACACGUUUUGUAAAUGGCCUUUGAGCUUUUAUGGUUAUUACAGGUUUAGAACUGUUUUUAAAAAUUACCAACUACAUCUUUAGUGUGUGUGUGUGUGUGUGUGUGUGUGUGUGUAUGUAUGUAAGUGUGUGUGUUUGUGUGUGUGUGUGAAAGAAAAUGAGGAGUGAGAUAACUGAUGAGUAUUAUGAAUAUGAUUGCAUUAGUCUGUAUGAUUAUUUGUCUAUCUGUAAGCAGUAUGUGCAAUAGUUGUACCAGAAUCCACUGAACUUUCUGUGUAAGGUCUCAUAAAGAGACUCCAUUAUUUCCUGUCCAGUCUGAAAGACUACUUGUAAACUCUAAAGAUUGCUAGGGGAAAGACAUAGUUUUUUUCGUCUUCUGUAACUACAAAUCUCUGCAGUUACCAGAAUUACAUAUUAAACAGUUUGAGAACACUGAGCAAUCAAAUUAAUAGUUGAGGAAAUUAAUUUAAUUUAAUUUCUGGUGUGUUUUUUUUUCUGUGAGAAUGAGAGUAGAAUUGAUGCCUUGAUUACUGAAUAAACCUGGAUUAUCUGA